CCUGAGGUCUCUGGUCCAGGCUUUUGUCCCACUGCAGAGCCGUGACAUUGUACCAUCAUGGAGCUCCGUUACGCGCUUACAUUGCUGUGCCUUAUUUUGCCUUUGUGCACAUCGGACAAUAAUGUGAGCAGCCACUUGGUUUUGGAGCCUUAUGAUUUCCUCUUCGACACGGCGGUGGAAGCCUACUCGAAGGGUGACUGGCUGUCGGUUAUCCUGAACAUGGAGAAGGCGCUCAGGAACAAAGCUACGGUCCGCCAAGUCAAGGCUCAGUGCCGGCUGAGCUGCGCCAACCAGACCGCUUUCGGUGACGCUUUGGCCGGCUUGGGAGUUCCCAUACCGGGAACCGGGUCAGUGGAGGACCUGGGCUUCUUCCAGAAAAUCCUGAAGCGGGCGGACUGUGUGAACUCCUGCGAGACCGAGAAACUCGGUUCGCCCACUCUGCAUCAAGUCAGCGAAGAAGUGGAGCUGGAGUUCAAGAAGAGGACUCCGUACAAUUACCUACAAGUGGCAUAUUUUAAGAUCAGUAAGCUGGACAAGGCUGUGGCAGCAGCCAACACGUUCUUCCUGGCCAAUCCGGAUCAUAUGGAGAUGAGACAGAACCUGGAAUACUACAGGAUGAUGGCAGGAGUACAGGAGACGGACUUCAAAGAUUUGGAGGCCAGACCACAUAUGGCUGAGUUCCUGCUGGGGAAGAGUUACUACAGCGACGACUCGUUCGGUCUGGCGGCUGAACACUUCGAAGUGGCCGUAGAUGAGUACUUCACAGCUGAUAAGGAGUGCAGGGCUCUGUGUGAGGGAGCCUACAACUACGACGGAUACAACUACAUGGAGUACAGCGCCGACCUGUUCCAGACCAUGACAGACCACUACAUGCAGGUACUGAACUGUAAGCAGCUCUGCUCUGUGGAGCUGGCCUCUACAGCCGGCAGAAACAAGCCCUUUGAGGAUUUCCUCCCAUCACACUUCAACUACCUGCAGUUCUCCUACUACAACAGUGAGAAGUAUGAGCAGGCCAUCGAGUGUGCUAAGACCUUCCUGCUGUUCCACCCUGACGAUGAGGUGAUGAACCAGAACCUGGCUUAUUACUCCGCCGUGCUGGGCGAGGACAAGGCGGCAGCCAUAUCAGCCAGACAGGUGGUGAAACAGUACAUUCAGCAGUCCAUACUGGAGAAAGAGCUGCUCUACUUUGGAUAUGAAGCAUUUGGAAUCACCUUUGUAGAUCCAGACACGUGGACUCCUGAAGAUGUCAUGCCUAAGAAACUGAGAGACAAGCAGAAAGCUGACCGAGAGACUGCAGCAAGGAUCACAGAGGAAAUAGGAAACCUAAUGAAGGAGAUUGAGACUUUGGUUGAGGAGAAGAAGAAGGAUUCUUCAGAAAUGACCAAGAUUAUCGCGCCGCAGGAAGGUGACGCUCUGCUGUAUGAUAACAUCAAGAUAACCAUGACAUCCAAUCAGCUGAACGGUUCUCAGCGGGUGCUGCUGGAUGGAGUGAUCAGUGAUGAUGAGUGCAGGGAGCUGCACCGCCUCUCCAACGCAGCUGCUCUGAAAGGUGAUGGCUACAGGGGACGCCCCUCCCCCCACUCCCCGAGUGAGAUGUUCCAGGGAGUCACCGUCCUGAAGGCUGUCAAGCUCGGACAGGAGGGGAAGGUUCCACUGAAGAGCGCUCGUCUGUUCUUCGACCUGAGCGAGAGGGUGAGGAAGGUGUUGGAGUCGUACUUCCGCCUGGACACUCCGCUCUACUUCUCCUAUUCCCACCUGGUCUGUCGCUCUGCUAUUGAUGAGAAGCAGGAGGACCGUCAGGACCUGAGUCACCCUGUUCAUGUGGACAACUGUCUGCUGGUCUCUGAACUCAACGAGUGUAUAAAGGAACCUCCUGCGUACACACACAGAGACUACAGUGCCAUUCUUUAUUUAAAUGGUGACUUUGAGGGAGGAGAUUUCAUUUUCACUGAGCUGGACGCCAAAACAGUCACGGCUGAGGUGCGUCCACAGUGUGGCCGUGUGGUCGCGUUCGGUGCAGGGAAAGAAAACCCCCACGGCGUGAGAGCGGUCACUAAGGGUCAGAGGUGUGCUGUAGCCCUGUGGUUCACACUGGAUCCUGCUCAUGAGGAAAAGGAGAGAAUCCAAGCUCAGGAUAUGCUGAAGAUGUUUUCUACACCUGUGAAUGCCGAGUUCAGCAAGAAGGAGGCGACGGAUGCCUCAGACUCCCAACCAGCAACACCAGAGCCUCCUGCACAGGCUGACGAGGUAACAACAGAUAAAAAACAAGAUGAUAAACCAGCAGACACGCCGAAGGACAAAACUGAGACAAAACCAGUCAGCAAAACAUCAACAGGCACUAAAGCCAAAGUUGCACCGAAAGGUAAGGCCAAAGCUGGAGACCAGGUGAAAGACAAGACAGCUGACAAAGGCAAACCUGCUGCAAAAAAAGACGGAAAACAGACGGUUAAAACACAAACCAAGCAGGCAGACAAAAAGGACACAAAACCAGGUGCAAAAAAGACAGUGAAGAAGGACACAAAAAAAGCUAAAGCUGACGGCACGUCAGCCUCAGACUCUCAGAACGGCAAGGAUGAGCUGUGAUCAAACCGCACACUGUUUAUGUGCUGUCUGUUUUUCUACUAUUUUCUCCAAGGUCUCCUCUGAGGGUGGCUGAAUGAAAACUGAAUGAAAGUUUCUAAAAUGUUAUUUGCCUUAAGGUAAUUGGUUGUCUGUGGAUGCUACCAAGGGACUGCUGUUUUACUGCAGAUGUCACUCAAGUCAUUAUUUGAGUACUUUUUCUAAUUAACAUAUUUUUACUGACAAUCUACAAAAGUGCCCAAAUCACCUUUGUUUGGCAGCCAAACCUUUAUAUCUGUAUGGAUGGGGACAUAUUUUCAUCUCAGUUCUCAGCCUGAGUUCUUUUUAAUUUUCUUUUAGUUGCGAUGCCAUGUUGUGAAACAGGUGGGUUAAAGAGCGUGGACGGGUUAAUAUUUGAGGAAAAACUCAAAUCAACCGUGGAAUCCAUGAAAUAAAAGUGGUGUUUCUAAAUUCUGGUGGGCUUUCAUACAAAAGCAAAACAUCAUGCAAUGCUCCAAGCAGGCACUGGGUGACAGCAUGGAAGCACUGUUCACAGUCACAAACUCACUGCUCAUUUAACAAAGCAUAACAAAGUCGCUCUUGAUAGAAAUCCUCAAGGAGUGAACUUUAAGGAUUUGGGAAAUCCUGCUGCUGUCCGGCUGUGAUUUGUUUUUAACCGGAAAUGUUCAAGCCUCAUUGUUUCUCACAUCACUUGAACUUAGUUGAAUCCCAGCAUAUUUCUUUGCUGCCUUUUUGUGAAUCUCAGUGCCUUCAGUCAAAAAAGCAAAAAGAGGCUGUGUUUGGGUGCAGUCCUGCACAAAUUAAUCUACUUUGGCAACAGCCUUUGACGCGCGCGCGCAUGUGUGUGUGUGUGUGUGUGUGUAUGCUGUAAUUUAUUUAUCUAGAUGUGUAUGAAAACACAAACAACUCAAGUAAAACAUCAUUAUCCGCAGCACUGCUCUUAUACAGUUAGUAUACAGUAGGACAGUACAUUGUCCCUUUGUAUUUCUGUGAUGCGUAGUGUAGGCAGAUACGUGAUGUGAUGUCUGUGUAGGUUUAAGCAUGUGGAUGAAGUCAUGCCAGCACAGAGAGGCCAUCUGGACACACACACACACACACACACACACGCAGAGCAAUUAGAAAAGCCUAAAUAAUAAGCAUAACACCAUAAAGACUAGUUUUGGAGUCAUUCAGACAGCAGUAUAGAGAAGCUCUUUUAACAUUGUAUUGCUCUCCAACAUAUGAAGCCCGUGUACAGACUGUGUGCGUGUCGGUGCGUGUGAGUCAAAUGUUUAGUGAAACAUUCCUUAAGUUCUGUUCAAACGCUGCAGUCAGAGCUGACACAGAACUCUUUCCUCUGAAACACAUGUAUGCAAUGCAAAUCUACACACGACACCCACCCAUCUACCAACACACACACACACACACUGUGUAUGUAAAUACAUAUACACACAAAUAAACUGGCAGAAAUGCAGUCAAAGAGUCCCAUGGUGAUUUACCUUCAGAAAAUGAUCAAGUUUAGUUAAGUUAGAAUGUUAAUGUAAUAUUAAAGGGUGAUGGACUCAGUCGUCUUACAUAAAGCAAAUCUCAACCUCCUACAGCGCAGAACCGCAUGAACAGGACCCCUCUGCUUUGCUGCAGUAUGUGUGUGUGUGUGUGUGUGUGUGUGUGUGUGUGUGUGUGUGUGUGUGUGUGUGUGUGUGUGUGUGUGUGUGUGUGUACUGUCAGUGGUUUCUUUGUAUCUUCUUACUCUUGUCUGAUUGAAAGCGGGAGACACACACACAGGCCACUUUGUUUUUCUGUGUAUUUGUGGCCUAUGGAUUUGACCAUUGUUUCUCCAAAAGAGAGUGGGAGAAAAAGAAGAGGGGGUCAGAGUUUCAGAGUACAGUAGACAACGGAGGUCUAGUCAGUGAUUGGUACAGCCGUCUCUGACUGUUCUGUCUACAGCCACCGAACAUUUUCAAUACAAGUCAGAAUUGUUUCCUCUUAAACACCCCAAAGUGUUAUGCAUGCGCAUGUGUGUGAGUGCGACAUGUCGGCCCUUGUUGCCAUGGCGAUGAGGCGGGCACGGAGACAGAGGUGGCAGGUUGGGGUCGGGCGCAGCAGGGCUCAGAGCUGAGAUUAACUGUGACUGUGACUCUGGAGAGAGGAGAAUAAAACAGCGGGCUAUCAAGGACUGACAUGACCUCAGUCUCGCUGCUCCUCCGGCUACUGGCGGCACAUCCAAAGGAAACUUUUCAUUGUCCAGUCGUUUUGGCUGCAACUUUCAAGAUCAGCCUCUCGCUUAUCUCUGUAAACCCUUGCUCAGUGCUCUGGGAGAUGUGUGUGUUGGUGUGUGGUAUUGUGCCUUGAGAAAUCAUACACAGACACAGCAAAGUCCUCAGGAUUUUUUUUUGCAGAUAUUGGGCUUUAUUGAUCCAGAAUAAUACAGUUUCAGUGGGGAUGUUUAAAUGAUUGACCUGUGGAGUUCCAAUCUUCAAAACGUCUCCCUCUCACUGUGGGCGACUGUGGGGUGUUACAGUCCAAGACAAGGUCAAACUGUAGCUGUCAGUUCCAUUGCUGCUGCCGGUCCAUCUCAGAGCUGUCCGGCCUCUUGUCCAAAACCAACCUUGUGUUAGCAGGACAGAGGGGUUUAUUGUUUUGGUGGCUGUUCUGACGGAUGCCUGGCUGAUGACUUCAGCUCCACCAUGAACUGUCUCCUUAUUCUCCUAUAGGACUAGGAUCACAGCCGUGCCGGUCUGAGAAUGGGACCACAGCUGAGAGGGAGGCAGAGGUCCAGUAAGAUGCUGGGCAUGUAUAGCUGUGGAGGAAGCAGGUUUACAGAUAGAUGUGUUGUCUUUUUGGUGUUAGAAGAAACAUAAUUGUUUCUGUCUGAGACUAGACUGGUUCACAUCCCUUGAAGGUUUUGCUUGUUUAAACUCAGUUAUUAUAAAAUGCUUAUAUAUACUUUACUGUCAACCAUUUCCCACAGCAUGACAGAGCUUUUCAGCUUUUCCUAUCUGCCAGGCAGCUACGGGCUUAAACAUGAACAACUAUACUGGUAAUUUUUCAUUUUAGUAGCAAGAACCCACUGUCUAUCAAACUAUCUGUACACACUUUUUGCGUGUAUUUCAACUGAUGGAA